ACCCCUCUUUUUAUUAGCUUUCUGCACCUCCCCCCUCAACACAAACCCACUGUCCCAUACUGAAUUUGAGUGAGCUGUUUUCAUUUCAAGAUUCUGUGGAACAUACAUAUAUACACACACACAUAUAUAUAUAUAUGUACUAGCUUGCUUUAGCACUACCUCUGCAGAAAACCCAGUCUGCUGGCCUGGUUUUCAAGAUUCUGUGUUGAUUAUGUUUGAAAUGAAAAGUCUUCAGAUGAUUUAUCUGUGCAGUAAAGUAAAGAGAUUCUAGUGGGUUCUUCUUCUUCUCAUCAUCUCCAGUCUGAAAGUUGGGCUCUUUUUGCACAAUUAUAUACACUGCAUUGUGUCUCUUUAUAUAUAUCUCCCUCAGCUUUAGGAGGUAUCUGGUUUUUUUGCCUGAAAUAGUAUCUGUCAUAGAAUCUUAUUUUAUCCUUUUUUUCUUUUUUCUUGCAAAAGUAGCAAGGUUGCAAUUAAGAUCUGGAAACCCUAAGAGAAUCAGAUCUUUUGAGUUCUGUUUCCAUGGAUUUCAUUAAUCCGCAUCACCAAGGGAAUAGUUUUGAUUCCGGGAGCGGCGGCUCCUCCGCGGCCGCCGCGGUCCUUCAUCCGGCGGCGGCGCCGCCGCCGCUGAGCCGGUACGAGAAUCAGAAGCGGCGGGACUGGAACACGUUCUGCCAGUACCUGCGGAACCACAGGCCGCCGCUGUCGCUGCCGCUCUGCAGCGGCGCGCACGUGCUGGAGUUUCUGCGCUACCUCGACCAGUUCGGGAAGACUAAGGUUCACAACCACAACUGCCCCUUCUUCGGAAUGCCGAACCCGCCGGCGCCGUGCCCCUGCCCGCUCCGCCAGGCCUGGGGGAGCCUCGACGCGCUCAUCGGGCGCCUCCGCGCCGCCUACGAGGAGCACGGCGGCAAGCCCGAGUCCAACCCGUUCGGCGCCCGCGCCGUGCGCCUCUUCCUCCGCGACGUCCGGGACUUCCAGUCAAAGUCUAGAGGGGUCAGCUACGAGAAGAAGCGGAAGCGCUCCGCCGCGGCGGCGGCGACGGCGGCCGGUAAGCGUAAUUUGGCGGCGGAUCAGCCUCCCCCGGCGAGUAGUACCGCCGCGCAAUUCUGUGGAAACCCAAAUAAUUUAGAGUAAACUUUCUUUUAUGCAAAACAUGAACAGUAUCUUCUUCUGAGUUCUGGGAAAGUGGUUUCGAAUUUCAUAACGCAUCUUAUUAUUACCAUAAUUUUUUAUUAUUAUUAAAAAAAAUGGUAAUAAUAUAUUGAAAGAAAAUGUGGAAAUUAGCUUAGAGCGAGCUUUGAUUUUUGCAUUUUUGCAUGCUUUUUAUCAAAGCUAAUGCUAGUAUUGUAUGGCGUUUUUAAUAUAUCAUAUAUAGCUGUAGAAUAUGAUUAUAUUUCCUAGUUUUUUCCGUUGAAUAUCCAACUGGAAAAUAAUAAAUAAAUUAAAUAUGAUAUUCAAA